AUGGAGGGGGAAGGGAGACGCUGGACCUGCGAGGCAUGUGGGUGCAAUACGAAUCAAGCUGCGAUCACGGCCUGCUCAAUCUGUGGAACAUCCAACAACUCUGGAGGACCUACUGGUCUACCGCGUGGCGGAGCAGCCUUCGCAGCACGGGCUGGAUGGUUUGCUCGCGGACUCGGCGGUGUUCGUCGCGGAAUCAUGGAUAGUGAUACGGGAAACGAAGAAGACGAUUUAUGGGAAAGCGUCGUGGACGGCGCAGUGGAUAGGGCCGGAGACGACCAAGAGAACGCAAUGGAAUCGCUCGCUAUGGAUAUAUCGGGGUUGGCUGCGCGUAGUCGAUUGGAAGCCGAUGCAGGUGCUUUCGACAACUCCAGUCGACAGCGCUUUUUGGAAGCCAGUAGGGCAUUUUCUUCCGAUCGAGAUGCUCCACCAGUAAAUCCAGAGGACUUGAUGCGCAUUGCCACAGAGAAUGCUCCAAAGUACCAACCUCAAUGGGCCACUUUAGCUCAGAUGGCACCACGUGCCAGAGCCGGAAAUGGUAUUGAGGUGGUGGAGGACGAGCACCGGAACGUAGCUCAUUUGCCUGAUGGCGUUGGCGAAGGUCUUGCUAUCCGUACCUCCAAUCCCCUGCCUUAUCGAGAAACAUUCGGUACAGACACAGAAUCUAGUACAGAGCCAAAACGAUCCUUUGGCUUUCGGGUGGCAUUUGACCAUCCACACUGUGAGGCCGGAGGAAAUAUGGGUGGCUGCCAUUUGGUCGGCGUAACAACACCCGCUUUUACCUCUUACGGUGAGUCCAAAGCAUUGCAUCACACACCGUACUUUUGGGGGAUGGAAGAUAGUGGUAAAAAGUACGAGGGAUCCCGCUACGGUCAAUCGCGUCGAGGCAGUCGAAGGUUGGCGACGAGCAACUAUUCCGUUCAGCUUGGACCUCAAGAAGCUUCAAUGAAUGCCGCAAACGUUUUGUUCGGUUCCCGUGAUGUUGUUACUGUCAUUUGCGAUUUGGACUCCCGAACGCUGACAUACUGGCGGAACAAAGUACCUCUUGGGACACUUGUCACAAACUUACCGCGAGGUGGAAACCUCUUUCCUGUUGCUGUCCCGUUCAAUUGCGGUGUGACGGUGGCCAUAACCGGAAUGGGUGGAGAUCCUCUACCACUUGAUUGGCAAAAUAAAGUCCUUUUAAAGGAGGAAAAUAUUCGUGCUGAGCUAAAGGCUCGGAGAUUGAUACUCUUCGACGAAAGAAGGCUCUCAGAAAAGGUGGUAAACAUUUUGAAAUCUAUAUUUUCCAUGUACGAAAGGUAUAACGCAAACGACCAUGGGAUGGAGGAAACAGGGCUUGGUCUGGAAUAUACGGCAGCGGCUCGUCUUUGGUACAGGUGUGGGUUACGGCUUGCUAAUCUUGAUUCCCUUAUGGGUCCUCGUUACACGAACCGUAAGGUAGUCUUUCAAGAUUUUUUUGAGCUAGUGGAAAAGGUUGUUGCCGAAGAUUACGUGGUAGCUCCAUCGGUAUUUUCUUUCAAAGAAAGGAGCGACGCUUUUUGCCAAAUUGGAGAUAAAGUCCAACUUGUUGAGGAUUUCGAAAAAUAUCUCGAUGAACCUGGCGGACCACUUCGUCCUGGCGAGAGAGGAAUAGUUGUCCAAGUACAGGAGGGGCUUAAUGGAUGCCGGCGCUCGAUACGGGUUUUGCACAAUGGCCGAAGGUGGUGGUACCCUCCAAAAGCAAUUGUGUCGGAGCGAUCAGGACUCGUCGAGUCGCCGGCUGUAUGGUUUCUUCGCCGAAUUUUUCGAUCACACGGCUACGACCUUCUGACAUUAGAAUCGUUAUCGGGUAAGCCGAUUGAUCCUUCAUUUUGUGAGGUAGGUGACUUUGUCAUACCCAAAAAGUCAGUAAAAAACGAAAAGUUUUUACCAUCUAGUGCACUGGAGAAACCUUUUGCCCGCAUUGCAGGAGACACACCCUUGGGACUCUCAACGUGGACUUCGCUAAGAGCUGACCCAGGAUCGGUGACCGUUGAGUUUGUAGAAAGGAGAUUUGGAGAGUCUGUUGGCACAAACCCAACGGAUCCAUCAGGAGCAACUUGUGUCAGAAAAAUUCGUUCAUCAAAACUCAUGUACGGUGACUGGUCAAUCGCGGAGUCUAAAUUCCAAGACACUUCAGUGCUCACCUAUGAGGUAGAUUCCUGCUGUGGUGAGCAGGAUUCUUGCUUCACUAAUAAUGCAACGAUAAGUGGUAAGGCUCAUGCAGAAAUUGCUGGGUUGGCUCGUUUGGAAAAGCCUGCGAUCGAGGCUGUUUUAAGAGAGUGCAAGAGGAGCUCAGAGACUCUGUCUAGCCUUUUUUCGAACGGUCUUCCAGAUGCCCUUCUAAAAGCAAUCGAUUCCGCCGAACGGCAAAUGAAUAGUCUUGAACCAAGGGAGGACCUGGCAGAGCGUAUUUCUGCUGUGGGAUGUCUGGUGAUGUACUUGGCUAACCAAUUUUUCAAGGAACCCCAUAUCGACACAGCCAAUUCGCUUGCUAAACUGAGUGGUGAUUCGAGAAAAUCAGAUUCUUUCCGAAGCCAUUCGUCGCACAUAACCCCGGAUCAGUUUGGGCAGAUACAUUUAAACGCGCCUAUACAACAAGAAGACAGUCACGAUGGACCAAGACUUAGUGUUUCGCUCCAGCAGAGAAGGAACGUUUUGCUGUCACUAAUGUCUAGAGCUCGCGGAAGCAACCCGAGCUACUUGAGCGAGAUGCUGGAGCAAGGCAAUCAGAGCAUGGCUCGAGAACUGGCAAUGGGUCAAAUUCCGCCCCCUUUUGGCUCGGUACGUGAUCUACAGCCGUUCGGCUUCGGUCCCGCAAGACAUGUAGAGGAUGGCGCCUGGGAUUUAGCUGCCAAUUUAACAAGAGGUAAUGAACACGACCGACUCGAAAAUUCAAAUUGCUCUGGUGGUGAAGAUAAUAGCGGUGUGGCGGAAGCCUCUCGACCGUGUAAAGCGUCGUGUUCACCUAUGUUCCUGGAUUCUGUCCUUCGAUGCCGAGGCGAGACCAGCGCUGGAAACCCAAUUUCAGAGAAAGGAAGUGGAGCCAGUCAGUGUCUGUUUGCCAGUCACCUGAUAUCAAAGGGGCUUCUUACAGGCGAUCUUGCAUGGGUUAAGGCUGAAACAGAAGCAGAGGCCAAAAAGAGUCAUUCUGCUUCGCUACAACGGACAUCGACAAUCUCUAGAUACCUAGUCGAUGAAGAAGGUACCCCGAUAUUGCGUUUAGCAAUAGUGCUUGGGUGCUCACCUCCAUUGCUCGGUCAUCUCGUAUCUUGUGGGGCCUUUGUCGGUGUAGAGGAAAUGCGAAGAGCAGCGGAAACUGGGCAAUCCCAGGUUCUCGCAUAUCUGAUGCGGUAUCAUCCCUUUCCAGAAGGCUUCGUUGACUUGGACAUCUGUUCACCAGAGGUUCGUCGCGUUCUCUGUGAUGCUAAGCGGCGCCAAGAAGAAAUGAAUGAAAAGAUGAGAACCGACGGUGGAGAUUUUAUUACCAACCUUUUAGGGCGCCUUGUCAUGGUUUGUUUGUCUGCUCGUCGGCAUCAGAACGUCCGUCUAAUCACUUGUAGCAGAUCUAUUGCUGACCUUUUGGCAGGAAACGUCCUUCUUCGAGCACUCCAACAUGCUCAGACUCGCGAAAGCAGCCUUCGUGAUAGUGAGCACAACGAUGCUGAAGACCUGAGUGGCCGCUUCUCAGUAGAAGACACUUUCUCGGAAAUGGCCUCCGCUCCAAAUGGUCUGUUGGGCUCUGUGCCCCUCGCAGUCUUGCAUCGUUGGCUAAUGGGUGAUUCAGGAUGGUUGACUGUAUUUCUUCAAUUGAUUGAAGAUUUUCUUUGCUGUAAGGACACGGCGGACAUUGCGGCAGGCUUGAGCUUUUUAUGCACACUGCUGGAACGGCUCCCAGGUUUGAGAUCAUCUCAAGAGCUACGUUUGUACGGCAUGCAUGAGUUUGUUGUAUUCCACGACACUUUGGCUUCAAAGCGCCUUGACAGUAUCCUUGCAAGGCAACAGACGCAGUCAUUAAAAUGUAUUGAGCACGAAGAAAUCAUCGAAAGUACGCCUAACAUUUCAAGGGAUAAUUCAAAUUUUGUGGUUCUCUGCCCGAAGCGGCAUUGUGCCGUUCUUCACAUUACACGUCACGCUUCGUUUCGGUGCGAUUUGUGUGGGAACGGGGUUGAGAGAGGAAGGCCUAUGCACGGAUGCAGAGAAUGUGAUUGGGACGCUUGUGGCGAGUGUAUGGAUAAAGCAGAGAGCGGGUUGGUUAAAUGUCAAACUAUAAGAGAUCUUGCAUCCACAUGCCACAGGUUGCUGGGUGCAACAGAAUCCACGGUUGAGAAGCAUGAGGUUAGAGUCACUGAUAUCGAUAAUUUGGCGGAGAGGCUAGUCAAGAGGGACGUCACCGCUCUUAAGGACUUGGCAAAGAUCCUCAACGCUCCAGGUGGAGUCUCAUUUCAUCAAUUUCUCGUACAUAUUUUGCCAGCUCUCCACGUUGCAUGCCUGGGCUGUUCAGAUGACGCCGCCUUUGUCCGUUCGAGUCUAGAUCGACGCACAAAAAGAGCGCGUUUCAUUGGAUGCCCUUCAACAUUAUCCACCAAGUACACACCGCUGUUGCAGAAAGCUCCAAAUAGAACGUUCUGCGAAUGCUUUGCGCAGACUUUUUUUGGAUCUGUUGCGCAUGUGGGGAACGAUGGAGAUCGAGACCUCGACGAGGGUACUGCUAUGGUUACCGACGUCGUUGAAGCAUCGGAGCUUGUACGGAGACUGCAUCAAACAAUCACUUUUCACGAAAGCAUUCCCAUAGUGCCUGGCUUCGUCGAGAAGCCAGGCCAAUCGGGUUUUGGCAGCCAAUUGCAGAGACUUAAGAAGCCGAUCGAGAUAGCGCUACUGCCAUCGCAUUUCGAAGGGACUGAUCUUGAGCGCGAUUGCGAAAUUGGCGUGUUCGCUGAGCCUCUUGUUUCAAUGGCGGAUCUAGAGCUUCAUGUUCUGCGGACCUACCCGUGUCGCCAUCCACGCUAUUCAUCAUUCUCUUCACGUCUUGCUUUGGAUAAGGCGAUAAUUGUUGAAAGACCAGUGUGCGAAGCGAAUACAGACUGGAAAAUUGCACAGAUUGUGGGGUACGAUGAGCGCAUUGGAGCUCAUUGCGUCCGCUAUGCAUCUAAGCCAAAGCAAGGACCACUUGGCUGUUCGCUACGAUUGCAUCAAGCCAAUCUAAGUGAUCUCUUGGAGUUCGAAUAUGAUGGCGACGAAAUUAAACUGGUCCUGGCAGCUCGGGAAUACUUUAUUCUUCACAGACCUUGCGUGCUUGCCACCAGGGUGCUCAGUCCCGAGAUCUGUGAAGGAACGAUUGUCGAUGAAACCGAGAUUUCAUCCGAUCAUACGAAAGAUCUGAAACGGUCGAUUGGCAAGCGUGUCGAGAGCAAUUGUAUUUCAGGGGAACAAUGGAAGAUUUUCACGCUCGUUUCAUCGGAUAACAAAGACAAGAACCCUCACGAAUCGUAUACACUAGUAUCCGAUGAAGGGGCUGUGUACUGUGGUGUUCGUGCGCAUCGGAUUCGUGUAGCGAAGACCGAUGUAGGCAAUGCCUACUCACACGGAAGGGUUGGGAACGCAAUAGACGGGCGGGAAGCGCUGAAUCAGGCGUUUCCUUUUUUGUCUACACGUCAACGAACUGACUUUGGAAUCGAAAAUGACAGUCAAAGCUUUGGUCCUGUGGUUGGCACUUUAAAAAGGAAUUGGUCCGCGUUGUCGCUUGUAGAUUCGAUGCGUCCCAUUGAAUUGAACUCCAGCCUUCAGACGACAAAUACGUUCGAGACGACCCCUUCUGAGCUCGUCAUUUGGAAAUGCAUUAUUGGCAUCACAGAAUACCAAAUUGCAUCGUCACGCCGGGUAAUUGAGCUUCCAACAAGACUCAAGGUAACAUUUAGCCCCCACACGAAGCUCCCCGGAAUCGACUUGGGAGAAAAUGACACUACUAUUAUUGCUGCGUUCCAAAAAAUCCACGAGCGUCACCCGGCUAUGCAGGAAUGGCCCCUUGAGCAAGAAUGCAAGCUCUUCUUUUCUAUCCAGGAAAUUGAGGCGUCUCCGUCGUCUUUUCUCGACAAAGAGUUACUGACAUCAAAACACUUUGCUAGCCAUGGAGCGACAGUUUCCGCAAUAGACUCCCUUGUUGAUGAAACCUGGAUAGGCGAGUCUACCAAGAGGCAUCGAAAUGCUAGCUCCGGAUCUAUCGAGUCUUUCUCUGACCCUCCGGGCUUGGGACUUUGCGCUGGCUUGGGUGAUGCAUGUGUCCAAACCAUGGACUUGAUUAGUGUUCUCGCGAGCUUUAUUGGGAUUAGAACCGGUCCGCUGGAGGAGGACGAUCCGGACCUUUCUUCUUUGGCGAACACGACGUUGUCCAAAAAGCUCUCAGAUCAACUAGACGACCCUAUUUCCGUUGUCGGUGGCGCGCUUCCUGAUUGGUGCACUCUCGCUCCAUUCUACGCACCUCGUGUUUUCUCCUAUACAUCCCGUCGCAUGCUUUUGGAGCGAGUUGCAUUCGGCAUAUCGAGGGGUACAUUGAAACAGCAGGAGGCAAAAGUGAAUAUAGGGCGGCUUCGACAACGAAUGGCCGCUCUGCGAGGUCGAGCUGUAGAGCUUGUGGGGGAAGCGUUCUCUGGCGGCGCUGAAGACCCAACAGCCCUGCAGCUGCAAGCUGAUGAACUCUAUGGCAUGGAGGAAGCUCUUGCUGCCCGCGUUCGUGCUGCUUUUAGAUCUGCAAAAUGGCAAGAGCACUCGCUUCAAGUUGCGAAAGCAGCCGUGCGUCGUGAUUUUUUGUUAGCCGAUGCGACGGUGGUCAUGGAAAAGUACGCGAACGACGAGGCAAUUUGCCGUCGAAGACUGGAAGUCCGUUUUGAGGGAGAAUCCGGCUUUGAUGCUGCUGCUGGGGACGAGGCCGGAGUAACUCGAGGUUUUUACGCUGACGUGGCCGAAGCCUUGUUGUCUAGCGACGCCGUCGCUGGCGUGUUUUGUGCCACAAACUGUUCUGUUCCAGUCAAUGCAUUGCUUAAGACGCAGACUUGGGACAUCGCAGCAAUAGAACGGGAAUCACUUAAAUUACCGCUGUGGAUCCCGGAUAUGGAUAGCGGGGGGCAAAUUGUUAUCCCUACCCCUCGAUCCGACAAACGAAGCGGACUCGGUGUCUACCCUCGACCACUGCCAAAGUAUCACCCCCAGAUGCGCGAGGUUCUAAGUCGUUUUCGUUUCAUUGGUCGGCUUUUUGCUGCAGCAAUUCGAGACGGUUUCAUGUUUCCCUUACCGUUGAGCUCAGCCUUUCUGAAACUCGUGCAGUGGUGAGGUAUAUGCAGCUGAGGCACAUAUCUGCGAACGAUUGGAUCGGGUCGACAGAAUGGAUCCUCCGUUGUCUCGUCUUGAUCUGGAAAAGCAAUACGACGAGAUCGGGCGAGACCCAAACUUUGCCCGAGAGGCGUUGGGAAAAUCGUACGAAUGCUCGUUUGAAGACUACUUUCAGGACCGCACCUUUGUCGAUCCCCUUGAUCCUACGCAAGGUGAAGAUGCCGUCCCUCUUUGUCCUAAUGGCUCGCAGAAAUCAGUGACUAUCCGCAAUGUGCGUGAGUGGGUUGACUUGGCCAAAAUGUUUGUUCUGUACGAGGGUGUUAUAGCCCAAGCGAUGGCUUUUCGAGACGGCGUCAAUGAUUUUUUCAAUCCCGACUAUUUGCGUGUCUUCACUGCGGACGAACUCCAACGUGAUGUAUGCGGUGUUGGCGACAAUGUGGACAACUGGAACGAUGCGACUGUCCGCAAACUGUUUAAACUCGAUGGCGGCAAGGGUGCGGCGGAAGCGAUGG